CAACAUCAAUAAUACUCUCCAUCACGACCAACAACACCUCAGCGCGCAGUCUCGACCACAGAAACGAAACUUCACCUACUCUACAUACACAUCUCGCUGGCUGCAUCGACUUGCGCCCCGCCGUUCACAAACCACAACCAUGGCCGACGGGCUUAAUUCACUUUUACAAUGGGGCAUCGCAAAUAGCGGCGAUGCGCCUGCUGGGGAACGCCGGGACCCAACCAAAGGCUUCAACCCGGAAUUGCUUGCGCAGCUUAUGGGAGGACCAUCGGACGCUGAUCGCAUGAAGGACGCAAUGCACGCAAUUGUUGCGCCCAUGGACAAAGUCGACCUUGAGAACAAACUCACAGCAUGGGACAACCUCGAGCAGCUCAUUGAGCAGAUUGACAAUGCAAACAAUCUGGACCCGCUCAAGCUGUGGGACCCUCUAAUACAGCAACUCGACCACGAAGAGCCAGAGAUGCGGAAGAAUGCUGCAUUGUGCAUUAGCACCGCCGUGCAAAAUAAUGUCAAAUCACAAGAACAUGCGAACGGCUUGGGGAUAGUGCCGAAGUUGGCCAAGCUGGCUACAGAAGAUGCGGAUCAGGGUGUACGGAAGAAGGCCAUCAAUGCCUUGAGCAGCCAAGUCAGAAAUUACCAGCCUGGUAUGGAUGAGCUGGAGAAGGCACUGCCGGAGAAUGUGUGGCAGCGCACAAAAGGAGGGCAAGAUGCGGGAGAUAUGGAGUCGUGUGAUGUGAUCAUUCAAAAGCUCAGAGAUAUGUCUGCAGCCAGGUCUUAGGAAGUUGCGACAGCGGAACGAUACAUAAAAGGCGAUAGCGAAGUCGAAGGUCGGCUGGUGCUGGGCACGCUGACGUCGUGAAGAUCCAUACAGCGCACAGUGUGCGAAUGAGCCAUGAAGAUUGCUGGCAUUCCGUGUCUAUCAACAUUGUCAGAGGGAGAUGGUGCAUAUCGCUCCUAGGGCACGGCCGUAGUAUCAUCCUCCAGCCCUGCUGCCACAAAGCAAAAUGAUGAUGCGUGUUUCAACUUGUGAAGAAGACUACUGUACCUGAUCAGAGCCGACAUGACCUUACGGAUGUCCAUGAGCACCUCUGCUAGCAGACUUGUGUUUUAUCGCAGACAUUCAGCUCUGUAGUGCAAAGCUAUCGUGCUUGAGUAGAGCAGGCAGGCAGGCAGGCAGGCUGCGUACUCACCCGCUGAUAGCAACAUGAAUGGAUCAAGUUUCGAAACACACUACAUGGAGAAUUGAAAGUACAUGUACCUACCUAAGGUAGGUUAAUUACAGGUAGUGUCGCCAAGUGAGAAUCCACGACCACAUCAGGCACAUGUACCUCACCUACCUGUAUGUCUUGACGCCGUGAUUCUGCGAUUCAUUUCUCACGAGCCACGGGCCAUUACAAAACUGGCAGUAUUCGAAGUGCACAAGGAACACAUGGAACGAGCAAGGAAAUGCACUCAGAAACCGC